AUCUACCACCUACUACCACCUACUCUUCUAUAUAUAGGAAUCAUUGUAGCAUUCAAUAAUUCAACAAUUACAAACAUCAAUCAAUAAUACAAUUCUCUUUUUCUCUUUAUACAUUAAAUUUCUACACAACCUAUGACAUUCAGAAGAAGAAGUUGAAAGCAUUGAUGAAGAAUGUUAACAGAAUCAGUAUCACAAUAGAUUUGUGGAAGUCGGGGCAAAAAAUCCAAUAUAUGGUCAUUACAGCUCAUUUUGUAGACGAUGACUGGCAAUUACAAAAGCGUGUCCUCAACUUUUGUAAUGUACCACCUCCGCACAUCGGUGUUGUCAUUGCUGAUGCUCUUCACAAAUGUUUAGUUGAAUGGGGAAUUGAAAACAAGGUGGCUACUGUUACAGUUGACAAUGCUUCAUACAAUGACGUUGCUUUGAGGGUCUUGAAAGAAAACUUUUCCAUGAAGAAGAAAUUACCAUUAGGCGGAAAACUUUUUCACGUUCGUUGUUGUGCACAUAUCCUCAAUAUCAUGGUGCAAUAUGGCCUUAGUGAAAUUGGAGAUAUUGUUGAUGGUGUUCGUGAAGGUGUGAAGUAUUUGGUUGCAUCAGAAGCUCGUCUUCUUCAAUUUAAUGAAAUUGUUAAGCAGUUGCAAUUGCCUUCAAAGAAAUUGAUUUUGGAUUGUCCUACACGAUGGAAUGGAGCAUAUAUGAUGAUGGCUACUGCAUUGGAGUUUAAAGAUGUCUUCCCUAGGUACCAAGAGAGGGAUUUGGGUUUUAUUUAUGUGCCUAGCCUUCAAGAUUGGAUAAAAGUUGAGAAUGUGUGUCAAUUUUUGGCAAUUUUCAAUGAAGUUACAAAUAUCAUUUAUGGAAGUGACUAUCCAACUUCUAAUUUGUUCCUUACAGAGGUGUGGAGAAUAAAAGAGAUAUUGAAUGAGAAAUCAGUGGAUGACAAUGAAUACAUUCGAGCAAUGACUUUGAAGAUGAAGGUCAAAUUUGACAAGUAUUGGGGUGAAUGCAAUUUAUUGAUGGCUAUGGCUACUGUUUUAGAUCCAAGAUACAAAAUGAUUCUUAUUGAUUUUUGUUUUCCAGAGAUCUACCCAGAAGCUGAAGCUACUAGAAACAUCUCUAUGGUUCGUGAGGCUCUAUAUGAGCUUUACAAUGAGUAUGUUUCUAUUGACACCUCAUCAAAUACUGAGAAAAGUUUUUUGCACAACACACGAGCAACUGGUUCAAGUAGUUCUAUGCAAGGUGUGGGAAAAUCUGUUGUAACUGGAAAAUCGAAAUUUGAAUCUUUCGUUAGAAAAUUUGACACCAUUCAACCUGUGAAAUCUGACUUGGACAUUUAUUUAGAAAAAGGAGUUUAUAUUUGUAACAAAGAUUCAGAUUCCUGUUUUGAUGCAUUAGAGUGGUGGGAAGUGAAUAAUCUGAAGUUUCGUAUAUUGUCUAAAAUGGCGUGUGAUAUAUUAUCGAUUCCUAUCACUUCAGUAGCUUCGGAGUCUACAUUUAGUGCAGGUGGUAGAGUCAUUGAUCCUUAUUGUGCGCCAUUGUCAACAGAAACUGUCCAAAUAUUGUUGUGUGGAGCUGAUUGGGUACGUGCAUUACAUGGACUGAAAAAGACACCGGAUGUUGGCGAGCCAUCUUUUAAAGAGAUUUUGCUGCCUUAAUGGUUUCUUCCUUGUAAUUAUGACAUCUUGACAAGAUUUUUGGAGCUUUAUCAACAAAAUUGAAGGAAACUUUUGGAACUUUUGGAGCUUGAUUCAAGUGAAGACAUCCUCAAAUAGUUUCAGUCUCUCUUUUUGCUUACUAAGAGGAACUUGCAAGACUCUUGUUUUUUUUUAAAGUGAUGUAAUUUUAUAUAUUGGAGUUGGGAUAUGGAAGUUCUAUGUUUUUAUUAGUUUAGUUUUAAAGUUUGAAUGGUUUGUUUGUAGAUUGCUAUAAUAGUUAUUGCAAUUGAAUGGUCUGUUUGCAGAUUGUGUUGUUUAUGUUAUUGAUUUAUUGUUCCAUUAGAAUGUUUUAUUUUAUUUUUGUACUUUGAUAGGCCCUUUAGGAAACGAAUUAUAAUAUAAUAGGCAUAAUUUUCUAAAGAGAUCAACCAGUUGUUGAGUCUCAUCAUCAACACUUUCUACAGCAAUAAAGAGAUCUUUCUCCGUGAACUCAUUAGCAAUUCCUCCGUUAGAAUUUCAUGGAAGAAGUUUAGCACCCAGUCAGAGUCCUGUAAAGCUGGACAUACCCACUUUGCUCUUGUACACAACCACUACCUAUUUUCACUUCUGCAAUGGCAGAUUUAGAGAAGUCACAUCAUCAACGUGUAUCUGAAUUGCAACGGCUUCGCUCUAUAUUUGGAACGAGUGAAAGACAGUGGGUAGAAGCUCAAGUUGAGAAUGCUAAGCAGCAAGCUAUUCUCAUGGCACUUAAAGCUCAAGUAACAUCAGAUGAAGCUCACAUACAUCCUGAUCUUCAUUCUCUUAGUGGCUGCAGAUUUGGUGAACAAUCUUAAAGAAGACCAGCUUGAGUACCUUGAGGAACGACGUCUCAAGGACUUGGUUAAGAAGCAUUAUGAAUUCAUUAGUUACCCAAUCUCUCUCUGGAUUGAGAAGACUAUAGAGAAGGAAAUUUCUGAUGACGAGGAUGAGGAAGAGAAAAAAGACGAGGAAGGAAAGGUUGAGGAUGUUGACGAAGAGAAAGAGAAGGAAGAUUGAUAGAUUAGUUAUUAGGAUGUAUCAAUUGUUGCAUUAGGAUGUUUUAUUUGAUUUUCAAGAUUGACAGAUUUGUUUGGGUUGUUGUUAUUGAUUUAUUGUUGCAUGAGGAUGUUUUAUUUUA